UUUGUGGUGAAGCAGGCACUGAGGCUGACACGGCACUAUCCCACACUAUCACGUCAUGGACCUGUUGGAUCCGAUAAUGGCCAUUGGCGAAAAGGUCUACUCCCUCUGUGGUGAAGUCAAGGCCAACAAGAGUCGCUCCAGGCGUUUGGCAGGUCGCGUCUCAGCGCUGACAGAAAUGGUGAGAGCAGUAAAGGUCCAUGGAUUAGGUGGGCAGCCUCGGCUUGUGGAGAGAGGCCUGCGAGAACUCAAACUGACGCUAGAGUCAGCGCUAGACGUGGUGAAGAAAUACGCCUCCUCAAGCUGCCUGAAGCGCAUUGUUCGAGCAUAUGACUUUGGCGAUGAGUUUGCGGUCCUGAACGAGCGGUUGAACGACGCGGCUCAUCUUCUGUCGCUCGCCUUGGCCGCUGACCAGAAGGACAAGUUGGAUGUGGUGUUCGAGGAGGUCAGGCGGAGAAGAGAGGACGAGGAGGAUGGAGAAAGCGACCGACAGGAACUACAGAGAUUGCUCCAGGUGGCUGAGGAAAUGAAAGAAAGCGUAGAUGCCGUGCAUGACAUUGUGGACGAGACGAAUAGAGGCGUAAAGAACAUUGAAGCCAUGCUGAAGUCAUUGAGGGCUCCCAGCAUCCACCUGCAGGACAUCAGAGAGAUCCGCAUGGAAGAGCUGACCUUCGACGUGCCCAAGAAGCCCUUCAUGACCACCCCCACCUCUGAGGUCUUCAAAGGGGAGUUCAGCAAGUUCACUGUGGCCAUCAAGAGAUACACAUACCCCAUAAGCACUAGCGCCAGCAAGGUGAGAAGCAUCUUCGGUAAAGAGGUGGAGACCAUGAAGCGCUUUGAAUCUCCAAAUAUCCUCAGAAUGUUUGGAAUUUGUGUCCAAGAUGGCCCCCAACCUAACUUCUUGAUUGUGAUGGAGUACUGUGAAAAGGGCUCAUUGAAGCAAGUGCUGGAUGGCAGCUACAAACUACCCUGGGACAGAAAAUCCAGGAUGUGUCUUGAUGCUGCACAAGGGCUUUACAGAUUGCACCAGUCAGAGGAAAAGUUCAAAGUUCACGGCUGCAUCAACAGUAACAAGUUUCUGGUUGCUGCAGGAUACAGAGUUAAACUUGGAGGCUUUGAACUUGCUAAAACAGAGACGUCGCUGAGGGAAAAUAAAAGCGGGAAGCCCAGCACUUUACGCUACAGCUCUCCGCAGCAACUACAAAACAUCAAUCACUCCUAUGAUAAAGCCUGUGAGAUGUACAGUUUUGGCAUUGUGCUGUGGGAAAUUGCAACUCGAUGUGCUCCUUUCAAAGGCUGCUCCCAUGGUGAAGUCUAUCAAAAAGUUUGUGAGGAGAAAACCAUGGAGCCCUUACCUGAAGACUGCCCCCGUCAGCUAGGAGAGCUAAUUGAUGCUUGUCGUUCUUAUGAUGCCUUCCAGAGACCAACAGCUGGAGUGCUUGUGGAUAAGUUGCGCAAAGUUGUGGAACAGUUGGAAGAGGAUUGAUGCUGAAGUUUUCAACUCAUUGAAGACAUAACAGGGAACUCAACAGAAUAUAUUUGAUACUGAUAUUUUCAAACAAAUGUGAAAUGACAGGUAGGCUACAGUAGCCUAUAUGAAUGUUACAGUACUCUAGGCCUAGUAGUGUAUAAUAGGCCAUGUCUUCAAUUUUAUCUAUUUGAAUUUCUGGGAAUAAAAGUGGAAACAAUA